AUGGGUGUUGAUGAUGACACCAGGCUUCUGACAUCCCUGAAGAUGCAAAGUUCUCUUUUACUCUCUGUGGAUAAUCGCAUUGGGUCUGUGGAUGAAACGAUUAACAACCUUGAACAUAUAAACAGCUGGAUGAAUCACGAUACCACUUUUGAGAGUUGUGUUGAUAAAGGUGAGGAAAAAACACAGUCAGUGAAAGAGAGUCUUCAGCUGCAAGAAUGUCCUUGGUGUAAGGAACAACUUGGAAUACUGAAAGAACUGGAUGGAAGAAGUGAUGUUCAAGCAAGCAUCCUGCACUGCAACUGCCAUUGUGGGAGCAUUCAGGAGCAUCGUCUGCUCAGAUUUCAGAAGCUGUUGCCUUUGACAGAAGAAGAGAGUCUACCCACAGGAAAGAAAUUAGGAAAUAGAGAACGUUCUAUAUCUGAAAUCUCUCUAGAGGUAGAAAACAUAGUAAAAAGCCAAUUUAGUCCUGGAAUAUACUACACUUUCCCAAGAGAGCCGGAAGAGGAGAAUAAAAUAUGUGCCAAAGCAAAACUCCAUUUCCCUUGUCACACAUCAAAGAAAGACAUUUUGAUUUACAGGCCCACAGCCAAGCCAUUGAGAGAUGGGCCCAUGGGAGACAAAUUACCUCCUGGAGCUCACGUGCUCCUGGGACUUUCCCGUAGUACCACUUGGCCGGUUCCUGGACAAGGAAGAAUUGAAUUUGUUUCUGUCCGAAUGUCUCACCACCUAAGCUUCUGUUUUAUUCUGGUUUGUGUUUUGGACUUUCCUUGCUCUCCAGCCUUAGACAAAAGGUAUCUCUCCUCAGAAAGUGAAGUUGUCUCCUAGUGAGCUGACUAGAUGUGUCUGAACACCAGGUAAAAGACCUGAAAUGUGAAUUGGGCUUUGAAAAGAAUGAAAACAUCCAAAUGAUGCUUAUAUGAAGAGUCAUCCAUAAAGAAGACAGAGAAAGAGAAAUUCAAGAGAAGAUAAAGCAAUGUAAUAUAAUUUUGUAGAAUCCCUCAAAAAGUCAUUCACAGGCUGUUACAUCAUCUUAGAACACGCUGAUCACACCAAGUUACUGCCAACCUUUAGGUAAUUACCUUCCCUGGCUAAAAGUGACUACCUCAUCUCUUAGAAUUGCUCUUAUGAUUGUGUUUAUCAUGUUUGCCAUUUCAUUUUCAAAUAAAAUAUUCUCUGGAAAUGUAGAUUUCUCAGUGUGAACACCAUUUAUUCAGACACCAAAUUCUUUUAGAAUUACAUAGUGUAUUGUUGCCCUAACACCAAAAAUACACACAAAUAUACAGAAAAUUUUCUAUUACUUACAUUUUACCCUAGGGGUAAAAUUUUAAAGGACAAAAUAUUCUUGUAUAAAAGCUUUAAUUUUCAUAUAUAUAUAUAUAUAUAUAUUCAUGAAUUUAGUAAUCAUCAUCAGAAGAAGAAGAAGAAGAAGAAGAAACUAGUUGAAUGAAUUACCUGAAUCUAGUGGUAUCUUUUGAAUAUGUUUUAUGUUUAUAUUCUCCAUGAAGUCAGUAAGAAUCAAUUUCUUCUUUUAUUUAACUAAUUAGAAUUUUGAAAAUUCGAUCUUGAAUAAAAUGUUUGUCAUGAUGAAGCCAAAGGUAGAUAGCAUUUUCUGCAACCUAAAUUGAGCUGGUUUGGUUCUUGCAAUAUUCACUGACCUUCUUCCUUUGUUAUUACAUUAAUAUUACAGCAGCAGUGACAGCCCCGCAUUCUAAGGGAAAGAAAUUAAUCUUAGAAUCCCAAAUGCAAAGUUUGGAAGUCAUAUAUCUUUGCAUGGGCAUUGAAACCACUUGGUAAAUUAGAGCUUAAAGCCUGUCAUCAAAACUAAUAUUUCUAUAACUUCUCAGAAAUAACAUUGCAAAUUAUUUUUGGCUUCAUGAAGGGUUUUGUGUGUGCUUAUUACUAAAAAAAGUUAAAGAUUUAAGAGGUUGGGUUUCAUUUUAAAUGAGACUUAAACAUAAGAAAUACAACAUAUUUACUAAACAGCUACAGAAAUACAACCAGGCCAUCACCAUUAAAUUAGUUUGAAAACUGGAUUUGAAUUUAUAUAUCUGGGAAAUCACAACUCAUGGAAAUAGUAACUAUGCCAGGGUAUGCUGUGGCAGGUUUAUGUUUCUCUCUCUAUUUUUUUCUUUUCCACAUAAACUUACCCAGUAAGUAUUAAGUAGAGGUGAAGGGCAGAAACAUGGUAAAUUAAUAAAAUUAUAUUAGAACAUUCUUAUGUGUUCAUAUCAUAAAAGGAAACUUGUUUUGCUCCAUUGGAGCUUUAAUCUUGAAUAAUUUAACUCCCUAUAAUGAGACUCCUUAAUUUUUUUUAUUGCCUAUAGCCAGAGUUUGAUUGUAACUUUUCCAUAUGUUUUAUCUUGCUCUACAUUUCAUCUCAUAGAAGUAAUCAAUAUAUCCUGAAUGUUUGCAUUCUGAGAAUAGUAAUUUUGAAAUGGAAAUAAGUUUAGUAAAUCCUCCCAGCUCUGCUUAACUUGGACACAAAGAAACUUGAAACUUUCCAACUGUGAUAAUUUCUAGACCAUUCUCUUCCAGACAUCUGAACGGGCUUCAGAAAAAGGGGCCAAGGAGUUUCCUGGCGUUUUACGUAUCAGUGUAAUGAGCUUAGGUGAUAAACUCUUCGGAAAUUCUUGAAGAGUCAUUGAACCCACUGGAUUUCCUAAGCAUCCCGGCUUUGUAACGUUCUUGGUUACAGUACAUUUUCAAUCCUGUGGAUUUGUAGUACUGGCCAGUUAAGUCCAUGAUCACAUUUUCUCCCUCGUUGUCGGAAAGACUGGAGUGCAGUACACACUUAGUGAAUGUACACUAAUUGAAAAAUGGUUGUAGAGUAAUGUUAAGCCAUUCACCUUCCAUGGAGAUUUAUGUUUUUUCAGAAAGUGGAAUCAUGGUUAACUAAGCCUUAUUGUCCUGUAAUUUAUUUAACCUCACACGCAUGUUAUGUAAUGAUAAUUUGCAUGUUUCAUAGAGCCAGUACCAAGCCAUUGGAUAAAGGAGGGCUUUAUUAUCCAUGCUUUCAAAAACAAAAUAAUGUUUAUAUAUUUAGUCAUAGCUAAUUCUGAAAAUGAAUGGAAAUCAAAAUACCAAAAUAUCAA